CCAGGCUUGGGAUGUACUGAGCUACCGCAUACCGAACGCAUCAACACGAGAUCGUGGAGGAACCGGGUUCGAAAGCCGACCUUCCGAGCACCAUAUCGGCUCAGCCCUACGGAGCUGACCGACAUGAAAAAACAAUCGAGUAUCUCCUAGCCAAAGGACUCAUCCGACCAUCCACUUCGCCGUACGGUGCCCCAGUACUCUUCACACCGAAACCGGACGGAAGCCUGCGCAUGUGCAUCGACUACCGAGCUCUUAACAAGCAACCAUCAAGAAUAAAUAUCCGAUACCGCGAAUUGAUGACAUGCUUGACCAGCUUCGGGGACUACGGUAUUUUCCAAACUGGAUCUGCGGUCCGGAUACUGGCAGAUACGCAUGGCGGACAACUCUAUCCACAAAACUGCUUUACGAACUCGGUAUGGAUCGUACGAGUAUUUGGUAAUGCCAUUCGGACUCACCAACGCACCGGCAACGUUCCAAGCCGAAAUGAACCACAUUCUACGACCACUUUUGGACGAGUGCGUGGUGGUGUACCUGGACGACAUACUCAUCUACUCGCGCGACAUGAAGCAGCACGAGACACCUGCGACGCGUCUUCGAAAUUCUUCGACGAGAACGAUUCUACGUCAAACUGUCCAAGAGCGAAUUCGCCCUUGAAAAGGUCCAGUUCCUAGGACACAUGGUGAGCGCUCAAGGAGUUC